GACGAAUUGGUUUGCGGCCUAGUUGGUUACCGGGGCUACCAGGGUUUAAGAGUAAGGUAUCGCAGAUACCGAAAUCCAGCGACGCGGCACCUGCACACCGAGCAGUGAGAGUUGGCCAUGGACACGCUGAGGGCUCUGGAGCCGCUGCACCGCGUCUGCCAGGUGUGCAACCUGUGGCCCUGGCGCCUCGCCCCCCAGCCGGACACGGAGGGCAUCCUGCUGCGCCGAACGCGCUGGCUGGAGCUCUACGGCUGGACCGUGCUGACGGCGGCCAGCGGCUUCACUGCCUACGGCCUCUUCCAGGAGAGCAGCGACCAGGAGAAGUCGCAGGGGGAGGAAGAAUCGUCAACCAUCUCCAGCAUUGGCCACACGGUGGACUUCAUCCAGCUGGUGGGCCUGCGGGUGGCCCACCUGGCCGCCCUGCUGGAGGCUCUGUGGCAGCGGCAGGCGCAGCGGGAGUUCUUCGUGGAGCUAGGCGAGAUCGACCACCAGCUGUCCAAGGCCUUGCGGGUGGACGUGAACGGCGUUCGUCUCCAUAUGCGCCGGCAGACGAUGCGCCGGGCUGUGUGGAUGAUGUGGGGCUAUGCGGUCAGCCAGACGCUCAUGCUGGGCGCCAAGCUUCUCGACCAGAGCCACCGCUUUCCAGUGUACUGGAUCUGCUACCUACUGCCCCUGCUCGUUUGCGGUCUGCGCUACUUUCAGAUCUUCACCGCCACCCAGAUCGUGCGCCAGCGCCUGGACGUGCUCCUGGAGGCCCUGCAGCAGCUCCAGCUGCAGCAGAAGAGCCAGGCGGGGGACGAUGGGCUAGAGGAGCGGGCCGAUGUCGAGCAGGCGGCCAUGGAGCGGCUGCUUGCCGUGAGACUCGUUUACCAGCGGGUGUGGGCCCUGGUGGCCCUGCUGAACCGCUGCUACGGACUCUCCAUGCUGAUGCAGGUGGGCAACGACUUCCUGGCCAUCACCUCGAACUGCUACUGGAUGUUCCUCAACUUCCGCCAGUCGGCGGCCUCGCCCUUCGACAUCCUGCAGAUCGUGGCCAGCGCCGUGUGGUCUGCCCCCCACCUGGGCAACGUGCUCGUCCUUUCGCUGCUCUGCGACCGAACUGCCCAGUGUGCCACUCGCCUGGCCCUCUGCCUGCACCAGGUGAGCGUGGAUCUGAGGAACGAGUCCCACAAUGCGCUGAUCACCCAGUUCUCGCUGCAGCUGCUCCACCAGAGGCUCCACUUCAGCGCUGCAGGUUUCUUCAAUGUGGACUGCACCCUUCUCUACACGAUCGUGGGUGCCACCACCACAUACCUGAUUAUCCUGAUCCAGUUCCACAUGAGCGAGACCUCCAUGGGCGGUGGAUCGAGCGGAGGGUAGUGCUAUGCAGGAGAGAC